AGAAGAUUACCGCUUCCGCGCGCGCGCAGCACGGCACAGCCACAACAACACGGCAGACGGCAGGACGGCAAAAUGGACGAUAAGUUGAUAAUGUCUGUAUUUAAUUUCCCCGAGCUCUAUAACGUAACUUUACCGACUUACCGCUGCACAGAAACUCGAAUAAAUGCCUGGAGAAGCAUCAGCACCCUAAUGGGGGUCCCAUCUGAAGAAUGCAAAAGAAGAUGGAAGAAUAUGAGAGACCGUUAUUUAAAGGAGGUUCGAACGGAGCUCAAGAGCAAGCAGCAAGGGGAGCUGGUUCCCAGUCGAUGGAAAUACAGACAGCGGCUCAACUUCCUUGCCCCUUUUACCGGCACAAGAAACGGCAUAUCAGAGAACUUCAUCAACAACAACGGGGAAGACCACUCCCCUCCUGACCUGGACACCCUGGCCGCAGACAGCCCCAUGUCCCCUGCCCCAACGAGGAGGACCCGCGCCAUCGCAAAGGCCCCCGCGACCCAGCCAGAGUCCCAGUCCCAGGCAGCGUUUGCGACCCCGUCCUCUUCACCCGAGUCACAGAACAACCAGUGGGGGACGCUUGGCGCUACUGGGAAAAAGAGGAAGGACUUGGCGAAAGAAACAUUAGCCUCUGCUGAUGGCGUGGCACCUUCAAAAAAGUCAGUGGGCAGGACACAGGAUGAGGACGAACUGUUUCUGCUCAGCUUUGUUCCCACCUUGAAGCGCCUUGCUCCUCAAAAAAGAUGCGAGACUAAAAUGAAGAUCCAGCAGAUCCUGUAUGAGGCUGAAUUCAGCCUACCAGAGCUUGCUCCAAAGAGAGAAUCAAUAAAAUAAAAUUAAAUGAGGACAGUGGGAUGUGAUCUUUGAGUUAUCUCAAAGAAUGUGUUUAUUUUGGCCUGUUGUUGAUUUAGUAAGAUGAUUAUUAGAAAUCCCAACUCAUCUCAUAUUAAACUAGGCGCAAUGGUUGCAAUUGGUUUCAGGAUUCAACAAAACUUCACGUGCACAAAUCGCAUAUUUACUUCAUUUUUAUUCAGAGCACAUUGCUUUUGACAGAUUCAGACAUUCAUUUUCAAGCAUAUUUUCAAAAUGUUCAACUAUCUUCCAACUGUAUUACUUUAAAGUUCAGUGACUGUUAAAGCGACAUCACAUCGAAUACUGUUAAAACAUACUGUUACAAUUAGUUUUCAUUAAUCCAUCUUACAUUUUUGUUUUUUUAAUCAACUAAAUAAGUGACUAUGUAGGCUUAUAUGCUUAUCAUUAAUCAGUGGGCCUUUUUUUGGAAAACCAAACCCCAAUAGUUUACAUUUUGCUAACAAAGGUUGUGAUUUAAAGUCCAUAUUUUUAUAGAAAUCCAAAUCGUAUUGCUAUAUUAAAAUGUGUUUGAGGCAUAUGUGAAUGGCUCCGAUAUCCUUUAUUUGUCCCAUCUUUAAAUACAGUUAAUACAGAUUCGAGCUAUCAGAACAUUUAUAUUUUAAAUAGGUGUUGAUCAAGAGGAUAGCUGCAGAGUUAAAAAAGCGAAUACUUGAAUAAAUAUUUCAAGUAUAUCACAUGGCUAAAUGACUACUGUUUAGCUAUGUUGUUAUAUCAAGAUUUUUAAUAAUACAUACCAUAUUCCAGAUCUGCUUUCUAGUUUUUAAAUUGGUAUAAUAAAAACAGUCAAUGUAACAAUUUUCCUCUGCCCAACUCUUUCCCUUAGAUUACAUUUUCUCUCAUCCAUUAGGGUAAGUAGCACUUCUCUUUUACCAGAUCAGACAAAACAUGGAAAGUAGGCCUCUGUUAAAAGAAAUACAUCGACUGAUAUACCAAGGAGUUUUUAUUUCGAUUUUAUGUUCUGACCUAGUUAUCAGCCAUUUUUAUACAGUCGUGUUUUACUCAAGUAAAACCUGAAACAUGAACAAAUAUCCUCUGGUUUACAGUCUGGCGGUUUAGUCCGACAAUAGAUAUUAAUAGACUAAUUUCCUUCAAUUUGGCAGUUAAAGGUUGUUUGUGAUUAUGUUGAGUCUAUAUUAAGUUGAGGUUCUUCUGUAUCAAUUUAUAAGACUCAACAGAAAACUCUUUAGUGCAAAUUGUUAAAUGUUUGUUUUACAAUAAAAUUCAUUUACAGAAUUGGCUUCCUCUUAUCUGUC